AUGUCCGAUUUCUUCGACAUCGAUUCGUACCUGAACCGGAUCGGCUUGCCCGCACCCACCGACGAGCAGCGAUACCAAGACGGCCUCAUCCUGCUGCGCGACAUCAUGGCGGCGCACUCCCGCACAAUCCCGUUUGAGAAUCUGGACAUCGUCCUCAAGCGGAACUUGCCCGUCUCGCUCGAGUCGAUGGAGCUGGAAGCGAAAAUGGUGGCGGGCGGCCGCGGCGGGUACUGCUUUGAGAACAAUUUGCUGCUCUGCUUUGCGCUCCGCGCGCUGGGGUUUGGCGUGACGCCGAUGCUCGCGCGGGUCCGCUGGAACAAGCCGCCGGGCGAUCCGCAGCCGCUCGGGCACCUCGUGCUCCUCGUGACGCUCCCGCAGUGGCCGGCGGACGGCGGUAGCAGAGGGGCCAGGGGCGGGAAUAGCGAGAGGGGCACAAACUCGAUCGCUCCGGUUGCCGCGGCGAGCGCAGAGGUGCAGCAGCUGCCCGAAGGCCACUUCCGUCUGCUGUCGGAGCCGUUUGGCUGCACCGGCAGCGGAGGCAUGUACAGCGCGGAGCUGGGCCAGCCGCUGCCGCCCCCGCUGAGCGACAAGCAGUUCGUGCUCCAGCGGCAGGUGCGAGGCACGUGGCGGGACCUCUACAUGGUGCGGAACGAGCCCGCCUGCGACGCAGACAUCUCCCAGGCAAACUGGUACAACUGCACCCACCCGGACGCGCGCUUCGUCUCGUCCUUCUUCGUCUCGCGCGUCGUCGGCGACGAGAGGCACCACAUCCCCGACGGAAGCAUCAACGAGGAGGUUGUCACCUCGCGCGCGCGGCUGAUGCUGUUACUCACCAGCGCCGACCUCCGGCGGUCAGUCUCGGUCCCGGGGCGCGGCGCGGAGGCCAGGGCCGGCAACGGGGCUGGGUACGGCGGCGGGCAGAGCCCGGACGAGGACGAGUUUGGGGACGAGCCGCUGACGCCGCAGCUGUCUGUGCACCUCCGCGUCGCUGGCUACUACUCGUGGUCGCUGCCGUACAGCGGAGAGAAGGGCGAGCUCGGCACCGCCUUCACCUUCGCAGUCGACGGCAUGUGCGGCUUCCCCGGCUGCCCGCUCCCCGAGCGCCACCCUGGGCCGCACCAGAUCGCCGUCGUGGACUCGAAGCGGAAGCGGCAGCCCAAGCCGCAGUUUGGGUCGUGA